GGAAAGCAGACAGGAUAGCCGAAACCCCGUCCCGGCUGGGCUGUAGGUGUUCUCGCAGGACCCGGGGGCUUGCAGCAGUGGCACACAGCUAGUUGUUGGAUGCGGCGCCGCUGCUACAUUGUUGCACUCCGCUGUUGAAAGGAGGGUGGUCAGUGUGUAGGGGUACAGCCAGCCCAAGUGGCUCCGUUUGCUGCCUGCUCAUUGUGCCUUGGAUAGUGCCACAGGCCUAUUAAGAAACAGCUGACUUGACCUCAGAAAACCCAGCUUCAGCCCUGACUGAUGGACGUCUUCAGCUACAUUUGCGCUUUGCUUCUUUGCACUGUUGCGGUGCAUGGUAAAGCCAACGUUAAGAAAAGAGAGGGUUCAUCACGACCACGAGCUGAGCAGGCAAGCCCACGAAGACAAUAAAAGCUACCAGUACGACCACGAGGCCUUUCUUGGCAAAGAGGAGGCCACAACAUUUGAUCAGCUCACCCCAGAGGAGAGCAAGGACAGGCUUAGUAAGAUAGUGGACCGGAUAGACAGCAACAAAGAUGGCUACAUCACCACCGACGAGCUCAAGACUUGGAUAAAACGGGUGCAGAAGCGCUAUGUGUAUGAGAAUGUGGCCAAGGUGUGGACAGAUUACGACUUGAACAAAGACAACAAGAUCUCCUGGGAUGAGUACAAGCAAGCCACAUAUGGCUACUAUCUCGCCAACCCAGAGGAGUUUGAGGACGCAACCGACCAGUUCAGCUUCAAGAAGAUGCUUCCGCGUGACGAGAGGAGGUUCAAAGCAGCUGAUUCGAAUGGGGACCAGGCAGCAGACAGAGAAGAGUUCACAGCCUUCCUCCACCCUGAGGAGUUUGACCACAUGAAGGAUAUUGUGGUUUUGGAAACCUUGGAGGACAUUGAUAAGAAUGGCGAUGGACAUGUGGAUGAGGAUGAGUAUAUCGCUGACAUGUUUGCCCAUGAGGAUGGUGGUCCAGAGCCAGAUUGGGUGAAGACUGAGAGGGACCAGUUCUCUGACUUCCGGGACUUGAACAAAGAUGGGAAGAUGGACAGGGAAGAGAUCCGCCAUUGGAUUCUGCCGCAAGAUUACGACCAUGCCCAGGCUGAGGCCAGACAUCUGGUCUAUGAGUCUGACCAGGACAAGGACCAGAUGCUGACCAAAGAGGAGAUCCUCGAGAACUGGAACAUGUUUGUGGGAAGUCAGGCUACCAACUACGGGGAGGAUCUCACCAGGAACCAUGAUGAGCUCUGAGCUCUCGGUGCAGUUUCUGGUGUGUGUGUGUGUGUGUGUGUGUGUGUGUCUGUGUCUGUGUGUGUGUGUGUGUGUGUGUGUGUGUGUGUGGUGUGUGUGUGUGUGUGUGUGUGUGUGUGUGUGUGUGUGUGUGUGUGUGUGUGUGUGGUGUGAGAGAGAGGAGGGUUGUUCAACCAGCUUUGUCUUCAAAGACAAAAUCACAGAUUCUUGUGCCCCCACCCCACCACCACCACGAUGACCACUCCAUCUUUUCCUCAUAAUAGUGGGACAGACAUUGCUCUGUUGGAUAUAUACCAACACUGUAGAUACCAGACAAGAGGAGGGAUACAGGAUGGUCUUACCACUACCAUUACUUGUCCAUCUUGAUCUUUAUAUUUGUUUGGUUCUGUUUCUGACAUUCAGGAGCAAAGCCAGAGCCAGUGGAGUUGCUUUAACUACCAUCGAUGGUGCCUUCCAGCCAUAGUGCUGGCUUAGCUGCCUCAAUGAUUUGUGUAUAGUCUUUGUCACAAACUAUGAAAGCUGAACUUUACACAGAUUAACAGAUACAGGAACGCCUUCCUUUGAUAAUGACGUUAAUGUGAAAGCACAGCUCAGAACACUUAUUCUGAUUUUAUUUAUUUAUUGAACAACUUGAGGACUUUCAUGUUUGGGAGAGAUUAACAGUGUUCAACCGAAGAUCGUUCUUUGUUUUUAUAUACUACAAACGCUAUUGGUGUUUUUUUGUUUGUUUGUUUGUUUACGGUUUCCUGGCCAAAUAAUUUCAAAACUUUUUUUGUUAGUUUCAUCUAGUUAUAUACUUUAAGAACUGUACAACAUAAUGUCUUAAUGGCAUGUUUUUUGCACGUGUUUUUUCUGUUAGUGGUAGUCUGUGAAAGAUUAUUUCUUUGUUUUUGUUUUUAGUUUUUAAUGUAUUUAUUGGUAGACCUAAGGCCAGCAUGUUUCAUAUUAAGUUUUUAUUGACAUUUGAUUGUGUUAGAAUGGAUUUUUACCGUAUCAAAAUAAAAAUGUCGACUUCAGAAGUGCUGUCUUGCCAAGAAUGCAGGAGAGAGGAGAGGAUGUUUCCUUUGCACCUCUCUCAUAUCAGGACGUCCUGCAUCCUGUUACAUCACUCCCACUUUGUCCGCUGUGUCGUAUGUACCAGCUUAUUAUACCUGCCUUGUAUCAGCCUGAUGUUUUUUUGUUUUUUUGUUUUUUUGUUUGUUUUUUGAACAUAUGAAACACAUUUUCUGAAAUUCCUCUUUUGUCUGUGUAUUUUUUAUUUGUAUUUUUUGAUGUAGUGAGUAAUCUUGGUGACAGAUACUGUAUGUAGGAGCAACUCACGAAAAGUAUAAACUAUGACAAGAAUUUGUGAAGGCCUAAUUUUUAGAGUUUUUCGCCAGCACGUGAUUUGUUCCUAUUUUUUGUUUGUCUCUUUCUCCUUUUUUUCUUGUUAGAGUUCUGUUUUGUCCCAGUACUCAUUUACAUAAUAGUCCACUUCAUGGACAGGCACAAACACAUUAAAAUGUAACUAAUAUGUGCUACAGAUGCUCAGGAGGUGGCACAGUACAUUUCUAUGUAUGUGGUACGUGUGUCCAAAAAAUAUCUUUUGCACAUUGUUCAAUGAUAGAAAUAGAAAACAGAUAUUGAAUAAAUGGUGUUUUGUUUCA